GCGGGCGCGGGCGCCGGUCGGCGGCCGUUGGGUCAGCUGACCCGCGGCGGCGUUCGGCCUGUUGCAGCGACCGGCCCCGGGCUCGCAGUCGCCGGCGCCAUGGCCAGCCAGUCGCAGGGCAUCCAGCAGCUGCUGCAGGCCGAGAAGCGGGCCGCCGAGAAGGUGUCGGAGGCCCGCAAGCGAAAGAAUCGGAGACUGAAGCAGGCCAAAGAAGAAGCUCAGGCAGAAAUCGAGCAGUACCGCCUGCAGAGGGAGAAGGAGUUCAAGGCCAAGGAAGCUGCGGCGCUGGGAUCCCACGGCAGUUGCAGCACGGAAGUGGAGAAGGAGACCCAGGAGAAGAUGACCGUCCUCCAAACCUACUUCCAGCAGAACAGGGACGAGGUUCUGGAUAACCUCCUGGCCUUCAUCUGCGACAUCCAGCCGCAAAUCCACGAAAACUAUCGCAUCAAUGGCUAGGCGGGGAAGAAAGCCACACCUGUGCCCGUGGAUUGACACACUUUCCUGGGACACGGUGCUUUAGUGGAGCUUGAGUUCUAAUUGUGUGAAAAGGCAUUCAGUUAUUUAUAUGGUGGUAGGUCCCUUCCCUUUUCUGAAGAAUAGCAAAUCUAGUUUCUUUGUACGAACUCUAGCUUAUCCAAAGAUUUCAUCUUUUUACCUCAUUUUUCUUAGAAAUUUAAAAUAUUUUGCUUUUCUAUGCCUUUUAGCUCAAGCAAUGUAUAAAUAUAUGUCUCAA